CGAUUUAAUAUUAUAGCUUUGAAGCUUCCGUUACAUAAAUAUAUCAUUAUUAUUUGACGCGCAGAUUUAUUCAAUACUUAAACUACAUUCCUUUUAAGACGGAAACAACAAAUUUUAUCUCCUUCUCUUCUCUCUCUCUCUCUACCAUGGCGAAUCUGACCUUAGAGCUCAACAUCUACUCUGCAAAAGAUUUGGAAAAUGUCAACCUUAUCACCAAGAUGGACGUAUACGCCGUCGUUUGGAUCACCGGCGAUGAUUCUCAACAGAAUCAAAAGGAGAAAACCGCCGUCGACCGAACCGGAGAUUCUGAGCCGACUUGGAAUCACGCCGUGAAGUUCUCCGUGAAUCAAAGAUUAGCCCGUGAAGGCCGUUUAACCCUCGUCGUGAAAUUGGUCUGCGAUCGGAUCUUCGGCGACAAAGAUCUCGGAGAAGUCCAUGUACCGGUUCUUGAGCUUCUCAAAUCGUCGCCGUCAUUUAACGGUGACGAUAACCGAAACGGCCAGGGGAUGAGAUUCGUGACGUAUCAGGUGAGAAAUCCGUGUGGUAAAGGUCAAGGUUCGUUGACUUUCUCGUACCGGUUUGAUACGCCGUUAUUUAAACCGGAUCUACCGGCAUCCCCGGUUUACCCGAAUCCGAUUGAAGCUUCGCCUGAUUUCCCGUCAACGACUUAUCCUCCGCCGCCUCAAGCAGGUUUCUAUCCACCACCACCGCCACCGUCACUUGUAUAUCCGCCGUCGUCUCCGCCGCAAGAGUAUUCCGCGCCGACGUAUCCGUACCCGCACCAGUACGAUUCACCUUAUACAGAACAACCGGUCACCGUUUAUCCACCGUCACCAUCCGCCUCGAAUUACCCGCCGUCUUCCACCGCCUCCAAUAUCUAUCCUCCGCCGUAUUACGGUGCAUCCCCGCCGCAUUAUCCGUAUUUGUAUCCGCCUCCUCCUGAUAAACCUGGUCAUUCGUACCACCAAGCUCAACCGUCACUGUCGUUUCACGGGUACGCGCCGCCGUCGCCACAGAAUCAGCAUGGGUACGGUUAUUCGCAGGCAUCGCCGGGAUACGGAUACGGUGGUCCGCCGUCGCAAACGCCGCCGAAGAAGAAUAAACCAGGGCUUGGAAUGGGAGCUGGGCUUCUGGGAGGAGCAUUGGGUGGGCUAUUACUCGGCGAUUUAGUGUCCGACAUUGGCUUUGAUUUUUAAUUUUUUACUUGUGAGAGUUGAUAAAUUCUUUUUCCUCUUUUUUUUUCCUAAACUAUUUUUCGUGUUGUCAAUAAUCCUAGUUGCGUGAUUCUCUUGUUUUUUUUUUGUUUUUUUGGCUUUCUACUUUCCACAGCUUAAGCAUGGUGCAAUUGUAAGAUUUAAAACCUUGAGAGAUAUUGGUCAGAUUUUAUGUUUAGUUAAGAGGGAAAAAAGAUCAUUUGGUUAACUUUAGUAUUUGUUCGACUGUACAACUUGGUUUUAUUUUCUUGGACGGCACUCUACAACUUGAUAUUUUGGUA